AUGAUAGAUGGACCGUGGCGGACGGCAGACAGACGCCUGGCGGCCGUCCCCGUCGUGCACGGUCCCGGCGGCGAGCAGCAGCAGCAGCAGGGCUCGUGCCCGCGCAGCGCUCUGCUCGACCAGAGCCGACGGCACCGGACGGCGUUCACGCGCGAGCAGCUGUCCCGUCUGGAGCAGGAGUACGGGAAGGAGAGCUACGUGUCCAGACCCCGGCGCUGCGAGCUGGCGGCGGCGCUCAACCUACCGGAGACCACCAUCAAAGUUUGGUUCCAGAACAGGAGGAUGAAGGACAAACGUCAGAGACACUCCAUCCCGUGGCCUCAUCCUCUCGUCGACCCCCUCGGGGCUCUCCUGAUGGGCCGAUCCUCUCCUUCCUCCACCUUGCCGUACCCCUUCAUCCCACCCCACCUCCCCCUCCACCACUACUCCCCCCUGGCUCUCUCCCCCACACCAUCCUCACCUCACAGUCCUUACAGUCCACCCAUGAGGCCCCUGGAUGCCCUCCGUCUGUCCCAGUUCCACAGCAGACCCGGGGGGCUGCCUCCAGCAGCAGCAGCGGUCCUUUACCCCUCUUCCAGCCUCAUGCACCACUCUGCUUCAUGCCCCUGCCCCCUCUGUCUGCACUGGGGACCAGAACAGCUGCUCAAAGCCAGAGGGGAGGCGAUGGGACUGAGCCGGCCCCGAAGUCCGAAGAUCCAUCCUCCUGGUCUGGAGCGGAGGGAAGAGAUGGUGUAA